AUGCAUAGCAGAGGAAAAAAAAGAACGGCAGAACUGCUCGCCUAUUUGAUGCACUGCAUUCACUCUUAUCUGACCUGUGCACUACUCCAUUCCCUUACAUAUAUGCACCACACUCUUUCCAUCCCAUCACGCACUUCUUUCUCUUCAGCAUUCACUCAUCAACCCAUCAUAUCAACCAUCUCCAUCCAAGCCUCAACCUUUUUCUUUCCCACUAUUCAUCAGCCAAAACUUCAUUCUUUGCCAUCUCAAGUUACAAUGGUCGCACCAAAGUCCAAAGAUGCCAUGCCAUCGGGCAGCAAGCCCACCCGAGGCUGGGACGCGGCUGCUCACGAAGCGCUUCUCUUGUGCGUCAUUGAUGAAAUCAAAGGCGGCAAGGCUUUCUUGACGGAAGUCACUAGACGGAUGCAAGAACGCGGAUACAGCUACAGCUACGAUGCCAUAAAUCAACAUGUUCAAAAGUUGCGCAAGGCUCGCGACACCAAUGGAAUCGUCACCGCGUCUGAUCCGUCCGCUGCUGGAACCUCCAAGGCUUCCGCCACUCCUCGCAAGGCGGCGGCUACUCCUCGCAAGCGCAAGACUCCAGCCAAGAAGGAAUUCGACGAGGAUGACGAGGACGACGACGUCAAGCUCAAGUUAGAGCAGGCCGCCGAGGACGAUGGGAUGGACAGCCCAUCUAUCCGUCCCUUCAAGCGCGCCAGAGCCAGUGCUGCGUCUUUCGACGGAUUUGGUAGCCUGCCCAAUCCAGAUGAGAUCUAA